GUAAAUAAUUGCUAAUUAUAAUCUAGGACAAGCUCCAAAAUGAAUUAAAUUUAAAAACCCAAAAUGCUAACUAAAACACUGAGUGCGAGAAUUAAAAUUAAACUGAAUGGAUCUGAAUUCAUUCACAAGAAGACGAUUAGCAUCACCAUCAAAAUACGCAGAUCAACAACUCUCUUCUUCCGGAGUCCAAGUGAUGAGGAGAUUUGGAUCAAAUACAAUGAAGCUUACCAAGAUCUUGGCUGUUGGCUUUGUUGCUCUUCCUGUAUUAUUUGCUCUCUCCCUGAUGCUUCGUCACUCACCCUUUGAUCGCUCUUUUGGGUUUGCUGACGCUAGACUUCUUGAGAACAUAGCCCAAUCCAAUGCUACACUUGGACUAGGCUCAGAAAAUGUUCUAUCACAAGUUACUGUCGUGGACAAUGACAAAUUGCUUGGUGGACUUCUUGCUGCCGGUUUUGAUGAAGCCGCUUGCACCAGUAGGUACCAGUCUUAUUUAUAUCGCAAGACUGCACUUCACAAACCUUCUGCAUAUCUCAUUUCUCGACUUAGAAGUUAUGAGGAUCUUUAUAAGCGUUGCGGACCUAAUACUGAGUACUACAGAAAAGCUCUUGAACAAUUCAAAUCUGGCCAAAGUAAUGUUGGUUCUGCAGAUUGUCAAUAUGUUGUGUGGAUAUCUUUUAGUGGGCUGGGCAACAGGAUACUAUCCCUAGCUUCAACAUUUCUUUAUGCUCUCCUUACAAAUAGGGUUCUGCUUGUUGACCGAGGUAAGGACAUGGCUGAUCUCUUUUGUGAGCCAUUUCCAGAGAAAUCAUGGUUUUUGCCCUUGGAUUUUCCUAUAAUUGAUAAGUUCGAAAGUUUUGAUCAGAAAUCUUCUCUUUCUUAUGGGAACAUGCUGAAGAAGAAUAAUGCCAUAAAUGCUUCAGCGGAUUCGACCCAUUCAUAUCUGUACCUCCAUCUAGCUCACGAUUAUGAUGACCAUGACAAGCUUUUCUUCUGCCAAGAAGAUCAAUCUCUACUUGCUAAAGUCCCCUGGUUGAUUGUGAAAACAGAUAACUACUUUGUCCCAUCUCUUUUCUUGAUCACAUCUUAUGAGCAAGAGCUGAGUAAAUUAUUUCCUGAGAAAGGAACAGUUUUCCACCACCUAGGGCGGUAUCUUUUUCACCCCUCAAAUCAUGUGUGGGGACUAAUCACAAGGUAUUACAAAACUUACUUGGCCAAGGCAGAAGAGAGCAUUGGCAUACAAAUAAGAGUUUUUGAUGAAAGGCCCGGUCCUUUUAAACAUGUAAUGGAUCAAAUUUUAGCUUGCACUCUGAAUGAGAAGUUGCUGCCUCAAGUAGAUAUUCAAGACCCUGCUGUUGCUUUUUCUGCCAACCCAAAAUUGAAAGCUGUUCUAGUCACAUCACUUAAUUCAGGCUACUCCGAGAUUCUGAAGGACAUGUACUGGGAACACCCAACUAAGACGGGGGAAGUCAUUGGUGUUUACCAGCCAAGUCAUGAGGAGUAUCAACAAACGGAGAAGCAUAUGCACAACAGGAAGGCUUGGGCUGAAAUGUACCUCCUCAGUUUGACUGAUAGGUUGGUUACAAGUUCUUGGUCAACCUUUGGUUAUGUUGCACAAGGUCUUGGAGGCUUGAAGCCGUGGAUCCUGUACAAGCCUGAAAAUGAGACAGCCCCUGAUCCACCUUGUCGCAGGGCAAUGUCAAUGGACCCUUGUUUUCAUGCUCCUCCCUUCUAUGAUUGCAAGGCUAAGAGAGGAACUGAUACAGGUGCACUCGUUCCUCAUGUGAAACAUUGUGAGGAUAUGAGCUGGGGCUUAAAGGUGGUAGACAGUCAUGACGAGUUAUAAUAGCCAUUAUUAUUUUCAUAUCCUCGCCAAUUAUCUGGUGUUGAGAUCUGCUGUAUGGCAAAUAGCUAGGAACUUUAGUGGGAUUGCUUACCUCUAAAGUUGUUGAUAAUAUUGUAAGCUAGCAAGGGUUGCAGAAUUGUAGUAAAUGGAAAGUCAUAAUGAUCCUAAUCCAUCUUGUUGCUCGAACGAAAUUUUGAAACUUUUGGUGUAUAAUAUAAUCAUUUGAUAUUGAGGCCUGCAAUGGUGGGAGGUUCGCUUUCA